UAAAAAUACAUAAAGAGAAGUGAUACAAGAAGCUUUUAUAUUUUUAAUCAUACGUUUUUAAGCGUAUUGUUUAUAGUAUUUUAAUCAUAUUAUAUAUAUAUUUAUACCACCACUCUAACUAUGUCCAACAAAUUUGACGCCUUGAAGACAAGCGACGACAGCGGUGAUGACGAUUCGCAGUCCAGAGAUAGUCAGCGAGCUGAAAAAGACACAUUGCCCCCCAUAGAGAUAAGUCCAAACGAGCACAAACUCCAGUACGCAUAUUGCCUCUGGUAUAGCAGACGGAACCCUGGGAAACAGACAAAUAUCCAAAGUUAUGACCAGAAUUUAAAGCUCGUUGGGAGGUUUGCUAGUGUAGAACAAUUCUGGGGCCUCUACAGCCACUUAGUCAGACCUUCGGAACUCACUACGCACACAGAUUUUCAUUUAUUCAAAGCAGGAAUUAAACCGAUGUGGGAGGAUGAAGCUAAUCAAAGAGGAGGAAAAUGGAUUGUCAGGUUAAGAAAAGGUUUAGUUUCGCGCUGUUGGGAAAAUCUUGUGAUGGCAAUGUUAGGUGAGCAAUUUAUGGUUGGCGAGGAAAUAUGUGGCGCAGUCGUAUCUAUACGAUUUCAGGAGGAUAUAAUCUGCGUGUGGAACAAAACUGCAUCGGAUGCCGCAACUACAGCUAGAAUUAGAGAUACGUUGAGGCGUGUGUUAUAUCUUCCUGCUAGUGCCUCUAUGGAAUACAAGACUCACAACGAUAGCCUCAAGCACCUUAAUAUGAUACCGCAACACCAACAUCACUGACUGACGAUAUCCUAACUUGUCGUUUGUUAAAGAUUAUUGUGCUAUAGUGGGGCGUGAUAUUCGAAAGCCUUGAAAUUAAAACACUUUCUAAAGGCAUAUAGUUGCAGUUAGUUCUGCUAUGUCCACCUGUGACGAUGAUCUCAACCUACGACUAGAGAAAAGUUCUGGAGUACAAAGAAAAGCAAUUGUAAUAUUUAGCAGUUUUUUCUACAAUCCAUCUACGUACCCUACUUCUCCAACAGCUGACUUUUCAUCGGUAAACCGAGCAAUGCGAGUGGCGCAAAACAGUUUGUUGCAAAAAAAAGUUAUGCCAAGAGGUACGACUAUUAACUACCAAUUCGUUGAAUCCGUUUAUUGAGUACGCAAUGGGAUUAUAUUUUUAUAUGACAAUUUACUUUAAGAUUUACGAUCAAUCGAAUUUUACACAUUUCAAGCAAUCACCACAUCUCCCAAGUCUAAUAUUUUCCACAAUCUGCGAAAAUUUGAGAAAAAUUCCUUUCCGAUUUUUACUAGUAAAUUGUCCUAGUUAAUAUCCUUCGUUAAGUUUAAUCAUAAUACUCAACAUUCUAAAUCACUUGCUGAUACAAUUUAUUUAGGAAGAUCCACAUGCUAAGGAGCUCAAGUCAUUGUAGUUAGUAUUCUUUACUGUAUUGUUAAUAACUAUUGAAAUCAACUUCCGUGCUAAUACUACAGAAAGUUUUUAUUAUGGCUUUGAUUGUUCAAUAGCGUGUAGCAUAUUUAUCAUCUACAUGAAGUGGCAAAUAACAAUUAGGAUGACAGUAAUACGAUUACUAUUUCUUACUCUAAGGAAUAAUAUAUCGCUAGGUUGCCGAUUUUCGACCGCUUCUUAAGUAGGAAAUGCAAAGUCAAGGUGGUCAGCAUCGCGCAAGCUAAGUAUAUAUGGUAUAAUAUGCUGCUGUUAUUAUUAAGAUGAUGUUUUUAAAGAUUUUGGAAGAUCAAGUAAAUGUUUAUUAUUCGAUUGGUACGUACCUGUAUUAUACGUCCCCCCCCCCCCCCCAUUUUUUGUAAUAAAAACCAAUGUGUAAAAGUAUUUUUUAUUUCAUUUUUUUUUUCUAUCUUGAUGUUACCAGGAUGAUUUUGUAAAUGGUUUCAAUUGCAAUUAAUGUUAUUAAUCACGCCCUACAAAGCACAUAUUCCGUUUUUCGAAAAAGUAGACAAAAACUGUCUGCCCCAUUUCAUGUUAAAUAUAAUAGUGGCAUGUAAAAAACAAUUCGGAAAGCGAACUUACUGAUGUGAAUAUAUGAACACAAAUCAACCAAUGCAGCAGAAUGCAUCUACUACAUAGAUAAACAGACGAAAGGAAACAAUUUUUAUUUAUUGUUCAGUGUACAGAAAAAAGGAAAAAAGUAUAGCAUUGUUCUGUUUACCUUUCUGUAAAUGUAUAUUAUAAAUUUUUGAAAAUUUUCCUCCGCCAGAUUUCUCACAAUAAUUUACUCCCCUUGAUUCGUAUCCCUCAUCCCCUAUUCCUACCACUUUAAGUAUUAACAUAUGUAUAUACAUGAUAGUAGUGUUGAAAAAUAUUACAGAA